UUGCUUGUUUUCAUGCUGGAUUUAAAGCCGCUGGCUUUAGAGUGAGAAAGUGUAUAUUUCUCUCACUUCAAUAUAUUACAUCAGUUCAGCAGUUAACUAAAAAGAACAGACCACUUAUGUUCAGCUAAAACGAACAGACCUGUUGAUUCUUUGGCGGAUUUUUCGCUCAGCGUUCGUGAAAGAUAACCUAAAAACUUUUCUCGCCGGGAAACAGAGUUUGACUCGCACGUGCGUGAAUAAAAUUCGGUGAAUAAGGAGAAUUAGUAUUCCAGAAUGUUUGAGAACGCGUGGGAGGCUGUCAAACAGGCGGCAGACGAGAACAGGCACGAAUUGGUGUUAACAGGCGUGUCGGUGUCCAAGUUGAUCGAAGAAUCAGGCCUGGACAAGAACCUGUUCGAUCUUUACAAUUUGAAUUACCUGUGCAUAACUCAUACAUGUCUCCAAAUAGUACCGAACGAAAUCGAGAACCUGACGAAUCUUACAACCUUGGUGUUGCAUUCGAACCUGAUCGAUACGUUACCAAAUACAAUCGGCAAAUUAAUUAAGAUCAAACUGCUCGAUUGCUCAAGGAAUAAAUUAACAUCUGUGCCACAAGCGUUAGAUAAUCUUCCUCACUUGAGUACAAUGAACUUCAGUUCGAAUCUAUUACAAUCUAUACCGUCACAAGGUGCAAAUAGUAAAUUGAGCAUUCUGGAUCUAUCAAACAAUCGUUUAGAAACCUUUCCUGAUGUAUGCUAUGCAGAACUCGCUCACCUGUCAGAGAUUUAUGUCAAUGGGAAUCAAAUAACAGAAAUACCAGCUACUAUAAAUCGACUUCAAGCUCUGAAAGUUUUAAAUAUUGCAGAUAAUUUGAUCUCUGUUGUUUCAGGUGAAGUAGCAGAUUGUGCCAAAUUGAAAGAAGUGAAUCUAAAAGACAACAAAUUGAUUGACAAAAGACUCCUAAAACUGGUGAAUCAAUGUCGUUCAAAGCAAGUGCUCGAUUAUAUAAAAUUGCACUGCCCAAAGUGUGAAACAUCUACAGAAGUUAACAAAUCAAAAAAGGGGAAAAAGAAUCAGAAGCUUAGCGAAAGUGAAAAUAUCAAUGUAGUGGAUGAUUUGACACAUAAAUUGAAAAUCUUGAAAGUAACAGACAGCACGCCUGUAAUAAAAAUUACAAAUAAUAUAAAGAAUGUCAGACCUUAUAUAGCAGCGUGUAUUGUGAGAAAUAUAAGUUUCACGGAAGCAAGUUUCAAAAGGUUCAUUCAACUGCAGACAAAGUUACACGAUGGAAUAUGUGAUAAAAGGAAUGUUGCUACGAUAGCAACUCAUGAUUUCAAACUGAUAGCAUCUGGUGAUCUCACGUACACGGCGACACCACCGACGGAAUUAGAAAUAAAACCCUUGAUGCGCAACAACACCUGCACAGCGGCAGCUCUGUUCAAACAGUUGCAAACAGAAGCCGAGAAUCUACGUAAGGAGAAAAAACGGAAUGUAUAUUCCGGAAUACACAAAUAUUUAUAUAUGCUCGAGGGCAAACCCUUGUUCCCGUGCUUGUUGGACAAUUCGCAGCAGGUCAUAUCGCUGCCACCUAUCACAAACAGUGAUGUGACGAAGAUGUCUCCCUCCACUGAAAUAAUGCUUGUGGAGGUAACAAGUGCCACUUCGUAUACAGUUUGUAGAAAUGUGUUGGAUGAAUUCCUGAAGCAACUGGCAAUAUUAAACUUUACCGAUACGUGCGAACAGAACGAUACUGACAAGUACAAUAAUUUCAUUGUUGAGCAAGUCAAAGUGGUCGAUAUCGAAGGAAAUCUGAAACUGGUAUAUCCUUCAAGAGCAGACUUAAAUUUCGUCGAGCAUUCUGUCACCAUAGUGCGGGACUAGAUAUAUAUAACAUAAUGCUAUUCCUGUACAAUAUUACUUUAACAUUAUAUCAAAAGAAUAUAUAUAGAUAUAAAUAUAAAUGUAAAGAAAUAUAUAUUCUAAUUAAGUACAUAACACAUGAAUGACAUGCAGAGAAACCCUGUGAAGUCGUAGAAACUUAACAUAAAAACUUAAUAGGACAUCACCACAUAUCAGGAUGGUAAUAAGUUAAAUGAUAAUGAAGGUGAAAUAGACGGAAUUGAAAGAGAGCUUUUGCAAUUUGCUAGAGAUAAAUUCCGUCCAUUCCUCAUCUUCAUCUAACUUAUUACUAUCCUAUGAUAUUUGGUGAUGCCUUGUUAAGUUUCUACAACCACAGGGUUUCUCUGCACGUCAUUCAUACUAUAGUAUGUCAUGUAUUUAAUUAGAAUAUAUAUUUCUUUACAUUUAUAUUUAAUAUUACAGUAUUAAUCGUUGAUCGAUUUAUGAGGAACAUUUUAUACAAUUUUAUUGAGUUUUUUUUGUUUUACAAAUGUGUGAAAUUGCAUUCUGAAUGCAAGUUUGUUUUUCUUUCUGACUAUAUUCGGAUAAUCAUAGUCGAUAAAUUUAUGAUAGAAAUUGUGUGAUGAAAAUUUUCGUUCAUCCAUUUUGGGAAAGUUACCAUUUUAUUUAUUUAACUAAAACUAUACUGAUUUUAUGUUACUUAUAUCACUGUGAGAUAUAUUUAUUGUCAAUUAGUUUAUUUUUUUUUAAUUUGGUCACUAAGCAUUGUGCUUUUGACCUUCCCCGAGGAUAUUUGUGAUCAUUUAGCCCUCAAUUAGUUUAUUUCCGCCACUAAGGUUAAGUUAUUCUUUUCCUUGCUUUUAUGGAGUUAUUCCUGCAUACAAUUGGUACCUUUUUAUUUAUAACAAAAUAAUAAAAGCGGAAAUUUUCAGAUUACUUUUCUCUUGGAUAUUUCAUAAUAUAAAGAAUCGAGUUCUUUC